CCGGUCACUUGGACGCUGGUGCGCGUUUGUGCUACACGCCGAUUAGACACAACUAAUUUAUAUGUGUAUUCGAUACGUGCUUUGUGUAACAUUCGGAGUUAAAGGUGUGUAAAUUUAUUUUAUGAUCUUUAUUAUUUAAUAUGUAAUUUAAUGAAGCGAAUAUUCUAUAAAUGGGAUUUUUGCGUCUCCAUUGCAAAUAUUGAAGUGCAUGUGGACUAAAGCGAGAUGGCAACACAGCAGCGCGGUUUGCGCACACGGCUCAGAGAGGAGCUCUAUACGUACUGCGUCUUUUGUAUCGCGCUCUCUGCAUUGCCCGCUCUAGCCUUAUCUUACGUUGUGGUCCGAAUUAGCAAUCACUUCUGGUUGAAACUACUGUCAAGCAAACAUCCCAGCUUAGAGUUCAUCAGAACGAAUACAGUUCGAACACUCCUUGAUACGCAUAGAAACCAGGGCAUAAUAAAUGUACUAUUAUGUAUAAAAGGUACCCUCAAUGUCGAUGAAAUAAAACAUCAAAUCACUCAGCAUGUCAUUGACCGUCGAGAUGAGCAGGGAGAUCUGAUGUUUCCUCGACUCCGGCACUUAUUGGUAUCCAGUUGGGGAAACUAUGCGUGGGAUGCUAAUGCGCCUUUUAGGCUAGAAAAUCAUUUUAUUGUAUCGAAUGGUGUUUAUCGUGGACGCCCCGUGUCUGAUAACAAUAUUCAAGAAUAUGUCAGCGACGUAAUAUCAAAGUAUUUUCCAAACGAACAGCCACCUUGGCAAUAUAUCAUCAUUCCCUGUGUGUCCGCUGAACCAAAGUAUUAUAUUUUAGCUCGAGUUCAUCAUUUAUUACUGACUGGAAAAAAGUCUCUUAACAUUGGCGAUUUCUUAUUAGUAGAACAGUUGCCUGCAAAUCGAGUAAUCGAACAGAGAGAAUAUCACCAGCGCAGUCCACUUGCAAAAUUAUUUCCAGCGCCAUCCGCUAUACCGGAACUUUGGGAGAAAGUUAAUGAAAGCUUAUCAAACAUUUGGAACGAAUUCAUAUGUGAAUACGAUCCCACUGAGAGUCCUGAAACAUUGAAGACUUUGCCUGGUGUUUUUCAUGUAGCAGGAAUGGUAAUGAUGUCAGCGACUAACGCCUUGAGAGAAUUAACCAAAAAAAGGUUCAUCGAAAGAGAUCAUAAUCCGACAACAGUGACCGCUCUUUUGUCAGCUGUUUACCGGGAAUGUAGGAAAAGAGAUUUAACCGUUCCAAAGAUAUUGAUAUCACCCCUUGUUACGAUUGAUCCACGUAAAUGGCCAAGAAGAAUUUUCGGAGCCACUUAUUCUGCAACCCAAAUGAUGUUGAAACUCCCUACAAUUAUUCGGGAUGAGGUUGUUGCAAUAAACGAUCUAAGGACGACAGGGCGAUUGAAGAAAACUAACACAUUUACAUGGAGAUACGGUGAUAUAGGCCAACUAUGCAUGAAAGCUACAGGCGAAGCAAUGAGAGCCAUGUCCGAGUUAUACAAGGCUCCAGCUUACUUCUGGACUGAUACUGUUCGUUCAGAUGAUGGGAAACGACAUAUGUUGCAAACUGUUUCGUUGUGUGGAAGAAAGGUAACUUCGUGGUCUCGGCCGGUAUCUCGCGCAGGCAUGGAGCGUGCGGCGCGGGCGUUGGGCGUGUCCUCCACGGACAUCGCGCUGUUCGCCGCCACAGAAGCGUUACGUUCGUUCUUCGAACAGACACAGACCGAUAUUCCAGACUCUGUGUUUAUAACUGCACGAGCUGCGUCUGAAGACUUUCUUUAUACCUUUGCUGAAGGCAAUGGCAAGAAUUAUAAAAAGUCACAGACUGGAGGAAUGAUCUGCCUGUCGCUGCCGGUAGGCGCUACCCCCCGCCGCAUAGCUGCGGUGGUGCAGGAGGCGUGUGAGCGACAGGGUACGCUGGCAGCGGCGUGGGCCGCGCAGGCUCGCUGCGGCGCCCUCACCAGGUCCGUGCCUUCGCCCCUAGCGAGGCUCACCAUGAACGUCCUGUCCCGGAAAUACGCGGUCUCCUAUGCGGAGAUCAACACCCCAGCGGACACAAGGCAGAGAACGACGUUGUGGGGACAGACGGUGGAUUUCGUCGUGUACUGGCGACCACCGCAAGCAAAUAUAAGCAUGUCACUGACGGUGAUGCAAUACGCGGACACCGUUCGGCUCACGGUGAUGACAGACGCGCGUCUUUCGCCGUCGCAUGCAAUCCCCGCGCAACGUUGGCCUGUCGUCGUAGAAAAACUCGUCAGCAAAAUAGAUCAGGAAAUCGCUAGGAUAACCGCUCAAGCCCAGUUACCUCUCGAACACAUACCACCCAAAAAACCCAGCAAGGAAGAUCUGGAACCUAGCCAAGAAGAAAUACCUGGCCCGAGUACAAGCCGACCUACAGAAAUAGAAAAUAGACCGGGAACUAGUAGCACUCUCAUUCCUCCUCGCCCGGUAUCUGUUAGUCCCCCACCGAUUCGCAAGAACGCCACAGAGGAAUGAAAUUUUUGGUGAAGAACAGCCAAGAUUAUACUGAAUUUCUAAUUAUAAAAGGCGCCAGAAACGAGCCUUUAAAAAGCUAAUGGCAUUUCGAAAUGAGGAUUUGCCAACCAAUUUCAUAUACGCUUAUAAUGAGACUUAUUAUUUAGGUGGUUUAAUGUCUCCACAUGUGAUAAAUAUUAAUAUUAGUCUUUAUAUGUAAUUAUUAAUAAAAGGUGUUUAUAUGUGA